CGCUGCUUGCACAUAGUUUUUGGGGCGCUUGGUUGCCAUGGAGAAAUUUCGGCAAUUUGCUGAUGGAGGUACGGGGGUCAACCCGUUUGUGCCGCCGUGGUCGCAUUACAAGGCUGGGUUGCUUGGACGAUUGUUCAAAGUUGUCUUUCUUCCGGUCGCAGUCAUGCGCCUAUGCACCUUCGCGAUGGCCAUCAUGUGGCUGGCCCUUGCGGAACUUAUAUGCUGGCCGCUCAACAUCAUACCAGUUCUUAGGCGCCCAUUGCACUGGCUGCUGACCUAUGCUGGCUGCUGCAUGGCGCUGAUUGGCCUUGGUUUUUGGUUUGUUGCCGGUGGCAACCAGAUAGCAGACCACAGGAGACUGAAGUUGGCACCGCCAAAGGUCACUAACUCGCGAUGCUUCGAUGCCCGACGAGGUUGUCUGGUUAUUGCAAAUAUGCAAGGGUUGGCAGAUGUGCUGUACCUCGGCAUGAAGCUUUGUCCUGUAUUUGUGUUUCCAGCUGCUGACGGCUCGCCAGUGGCAUACUCCCUGUUGGGGGCGCUGCGUCGAGUCGGGGCUCGGCGAACGGUUCCUUCUGCUGAGCCGCAGACACUGGCUAUGAUUGCUGAAGCAGCACACGCUGGCUGGAAAGGGCCGGUAGUGGUAUUUCCCGAGGGCGCUCGAACCAAUGGCACUGCCAUUCUUGCCUGGAAAGAAAGCACCUUCAAGGGGCUGGACAGCAUGGACAAGCCGUAUGGGACUGCCCUGAUGGCGCUGGAGUACUCUAGAGGUGGAGCGUACACUCCGCAUCACACGGUUGGCACUGCCUUCCAGCAUGUUUUGCACCAUUGCAUCCAGCCGUUCCACACUGUGAGAUCUUGCUGGCUGCCUUCCAGUGACGUUGCGAAUGCCAUCAAAGGCAAGUCAGCAUCAGAGGCCAGAGCGUUUUUGCGGACAGUCCUUUCCAGGAUGGUUCCAGGGGUGCCUUGCUCAGAACAUCUCAUGUUUUUGAAGCUCCGCCUCUGACCUGAGAGGCUGUUGAGGUAGAAGUGGGUGCCGAGAAGCAUCAAGACUUCAUGGCGUUUUGGGAGGCUUCACAGCGGAAAGGCUACACCAAAGCAACUACGAAACCUGCGUCAAAGGCAUCAAAACAGUCUUGAGGCAUGCAAGCGUGCUUUUGUAGGUUUCCGAGCUGCCAAAGACCAUUGAAUCGCA